GAAUUCAAUGAGAAAACAAUCGUAACAUUAAAUGUCUAUAAAAGUAACGAUAAUACAAGUGAUGGUAACUAUAAAACUCAAUUCAUUGAGAUAUCAGUCAUAGGUUCGGGUGGUUUUGGGACUGUAUUUAAAGUAAAGCAUAGAUUGGAUGAUAAGAUAUAUGCCGUUAAAAGAGUUCAAUUAGGGGAUAUUAGUGACGAAAACAAACAAAAAGCUCUGAAAGAAGUAAAAAAUUUGGCAAAACUGGACCAAAAUUUUGCCGUAAAGUAUUACAACUCAUGGCUUGAGUCCAAUCAUCUCUACAUUCAAAUGCAAUUCUGUGCGCAAAGUCUUCGAUCACUUCUCGCAGAGAAAGCCAUUGUCUUCGGUCGACAACCGGAGGAUCAGAUGAAUAGUGUGUUUGAAUAUUACAUAUCGUGUCAGAUAUUCAAAGAGAUCUUAGAGAGCGUACAAUAUCUACACAAAUCCAAUCCACCGAUCAUUCAUCGGGAUCUCAAACCCGACAAUAUAUUAAUUGAUACCAACUUUACGUCCAAUCGUUUUAUAAAACUGUGUGACUUUGGUUUGGCCACCGAUCACAACGUCGACAGACAAACUGCCAGCCGAUACGAGCACUCAGUUGUCGGCACUUUUGCAUAUAUGGCACCGGAAAUGAUUUCGGGAAAUAAAUAUAACCACAAAUCGGAUAUUUAUAGCCUUUCUUUAAUCGGUCAAAAAGUAUUUGAUAUCGAUCUCCAGGCCUCGCAAUCAUUUGAUGCUAAAGACACUGUGUUUAAAACAUCAAUACUAUGUCUAUACCAGACAUUAGUGGCAAUGAUGUCAACACCCUUUUGGCGACAAAGACCUGAGUGUCGGCAAGUGUUGGCCACAUAUAACGAGUGGUCUAUUGAUAGGACUGUUAUCACCGGACAUAAGGAAUUCGAUCAAUAUACU